AAUACAGAGAGGAAUAAAUAGACACACUACGAUUGCCGCCGCGCUACUGUCGAUACCAGACAAAAUGUGUAUGAUAUAUUGGGUUUGUUUGCAAAACCUUUUUUGAGCUGGAUUUAAAGGCCGAACGAAUUAUCAAUUUGACUUUGUUGAUUAAUUUCAUUCUUCUGCCUUGUGUUGUGAUUGUGAGUUGUGGCCUGUGGGCGGAUUGUUCGCGUCUCUGGCUCUCUGUAGUCUGCACUCUGCACGGGUGUCAAGCGACAAUGACGAAGACCGUGGACAGAUGAAGCCUGAAGAUAACCUAACAUCUGACGAUUCAAAACUACGAAAAGCACGAUGGUCCUCUACGAAAUUCCUGUUCUUCCCCCUGAUCAAUCAAGAGCUCAACACGUCCAUAACUGUGUGACUACUUUUGAGAAUCUGCAAAAUGCGAUCGACCAUGUUUUUUCAACAAUCACCAAGCGAAUUGAAGAGUCGACAAAACGGGUGGAUGACCUGAAGCGGCGCUCUGCUAUAGCUCAAGCAAAAGUAGAUCAUCUCAGAGGGACAGAUAAAGCAACUCAGGUUUUUUCUAGUAGCAUUUAUCCUGGUCAUGCCCAAGCUUGCUACUACUCUCCUCUCUUCUCUGAUGAUAUCGUGUCUACCACCAAAUGCACCAGCACAAAACAUGCAGCUCACCAGUUUUCUACUGAUGCCAUACAGCAGGACCAUGGAGAAUUCUUCCAUGUCAGGAGCAGUGGAGCAAAGCUUGACAUGUUUGGGCAACCUGUGACAGCCGCCAUGCCGGGCAAAGUUGGACAUGUGAAGACCUUACCAGCUCAUGUCAACUCAGUUACUUCGCUGCUUCUUUUUGGAACUUCUACAAACCUGUACAAAGGGAAAAAGCCUUCUUCUAGUAAGAAAAUCAUCAAUAAAGCUGGCAGUUCUGAGGCUGAUCAGUCUUCAGCAAUUGGCGAUGCUCCGUCUACACUCACGAAAGGAGAUCUUGCAGAUCUCAUAUCUCAAGACGAGUUCCAGUAUCUGCCUGACCUCUCAGACCUGCCAGAGCUUGACAUGCCAGUUGAUCUGCCAGCACUCACAGGUUUAGCAAAUGACCUUCUGUUUGAGGGAGCCAACAUAGCGCCGUCUGUGGGCGCGCUGCCUGCUACAAUAUUGCCCAGCAACACCAGCGCUACUGCCGUCAAAGAGCCCACUUCCAGUUCCUGCAGUUCUAACGCCUCCACUAAGGUUCCCUUUGCUCCACAUCCUCCUCCUCCCUCUGGAGCUCCACAUCCUCCACCUCCCUCUGGAGCUCCACCACCGCCGCCACCGUCUGGAGCUCCACCACCGCCGCCACCUCCACCUCCUCCUCCCCCAGCCGUCAUGGCUCCAAGUGAUGCAGUGGAUGGCCGUGCGCCAGAGAAAAUGCCAGCGGCGGUGCUGUCAGACGCGCGCAGCGACCUCAUGAAGGCCAUACAGCAAGCGGGGGGCGCUGGCAAGGCCAAGCUCAAGCGAGUUGAUUCCAAGAGCGCAAAGAAAGCGUCAGGCUCGCCUCACGCCGACCUCAUGAAGGCCAUAGAAGGGAAGGCAGGAAGUUCAUCCCUGCGAAGGGUCGAGCCUCAGACACGGGAGCCCGAGGAGCCCAGCAACCCGCACUCGCAGCUCAUGCACGCCAUCCAGCAGGCCGGCGGCUCUAAGAAAGCCAACCUCAAGAAAGUCAAGUCCAGUAAGGAGCCCCGCGCUGCGCCUGCUGCAGCUGCGGGAGGAGACCUCAUGGCUGAUCUGUUCGCUAGACUGUCUCAGCGACGCAAGGGAAUAUCGGGAAGCGCCAAAGUGGAGGGCGAUGACCCGACUCCCGUGAACCCCUUAGAGGACAUAGCAGCCAGCAUCCCCCCACCUCCCCCCGCUUCUCACAGGGGAGACGAGUCUGGCAGGGAAGAGGCGGAAGACGAAGACUGGGAGUGAGGUUUAGUUCCGCGUACUAGGGAUGAUAUUUGAAUGAUGACCAGGCAGAUUCUUAAUUGAUUAUUUCACCAUCGUUUAGCUAGAAGAAAGUUCAGUUUCUGAUUAAUUGGAAAAUCUAUUUAUAAAUUGACCGUAUGCAUGUUUAAUUUUUCAGUCCUCCGAGGAACUUGUGUAGAAACUUGUAAAAUAUCCUGAUAGUUUGAGCUUCACAAAUUUUUGAGAGAUUUUCGAUGGACUUUGGUUUCUGAAUAUUGCAUUUGUUGCAUCGUUGGCAGAAUAUUUGCCCUUCUCGAGGAUUUUAAUGAUAAAAGGUGGGCUAAACCUGUCGAGCAAGUCUUUCAUAAAUUUAACCGAUGAUAUAAAGAAAUGUCAAUAUUAUUAUUUCCCAUUUCUGAGGAGACAAAGGCAGCAAGUAUGAGGAAAGUGGAGUAAAGUGUGGCCUUCAAAAUGUAUAAAUUAUUUUUGGAAUUAAUUUACUUUUUAUAAUGUCCGAAUGGACAUGCUUUAAAAAACCUACUCGUAGGCUUUUUGUAAUUAGCUUGACCUAUACACUUUUGUCCAUCAUAUUACUUGACCUACACACAGGUAUUACUCAUAUUACUUGACCUACACACAGGUAUUACUCAUAUUACUUGACUUACACACAGGUUGUCCAUCAUAUUACUUGAGUAGAGCUAAGAACAUUUAGUUUUAGAUAGAUAGGCCGCUCGUGAUUUUAUUACCAAAGAUUAGGUCAUAUAAGCAACGAUAUUACUGAUAUGGUUUCUCGGUGUACUGUUAAUAUUGUUGUCUGCCUUCCUCUUGCUUACAACCUUUCCUCAUUGUUCGUUGUCAUUUUCUUUGCUUUAAAUGUUUUCUAUUCAGAAUUCAUUAUAGUGCAAUUUUCUAGUAUCUGAAGAGGUUCCUUGUAACAGACAUAGAGAGUGAUAAUUUUUUUCUCUUUUAUUUCGUGUAUUGAGAGACAUCUGGCGUAUCCACAGAAGAAGAUCUUAAAAUUUUCUAAGAUUUAUUUUAUUUACCUGCAGUAAAUAAUGGUUUCCCCAAGCUGCUACGAAAGUCUGUGGAUUACUUUGUGGAUUUGCGAUAAUUGAUCUUAGAAACCAGAUUUGCUUUCUAAAAUCAACGUUACCAGAGAGGAAGGCUAAAGCUGAACAGUGAACAUCGAGGGCUAUAACAGGAGUCAUGUAUACCGUUUUUUCGUUUUUUUAAUUCAAACCUUGUUUAAUUGCCAUAACAGAGCCACAUCGGUUAUUAGAUCUUUCUGCUCCUUGUUUCUCACUCGGUAAAUGGUCGAAAAAAAUUAAAUUGUGCAUUGCAGUGCCCAAUGCCUUGAAUAAAUUAUAAUGUAGAUGUUCAUUAAAACUUUGUGUGUCAAGGGAAGUGUUGAGACGACGCUGUUAAAACAGCACACCGCUAUCAUAUCUAUUAAUGAGUUGUUAAAAAUGUUCUUUUUAAUACUUGAUAACCAUAUAUUGUCUCGUACUGUGUGAACUAUAUCAGACUCUUUAAUCUCUUUUGUUGUUAUUGUAGCAAAUUUAUUUAUCUUUAUGCUGUAUACUGUAUUGCAUGAUGGUUUUGAAACUACCUCUAUAGGUCUUGUGGGCACCUGUAGGAAUGCAUUCGAGCAUUUUUUUUUUUUUUUUGCUUCCUUUUCUACCCAAAUAUGAUGGGUUUUUCUCAUCCUGGUCCCAUCAGGAGAAAUGAAAUUGAUUUAAUGAAGGUGGAGGGCGAAGUUACGCGUUCACGUACAUAGUUACGCGUUCUACAUGUCUCGCCCCGGUGCCAAUUGUUGAAUACCGCUAAUUUUCAUUCCUGUAACUUGUUUAUUCUGAGCUUUUUGUUGAAAUAUAUUCAUAUAUUUGAUUCAA